ACACACGCCGGGUCGGUCAUUUCCCUGCGCUUUCCCCACUCGUGUGCCAGCAUACUACUUUGCGAGUAGUAGAGCGAUCCGGACGAGUGACCAUGCAGUCGCGCACGCACAAUGCAACGCGAGUCCCGGUCCCCCCAGCACCGCGUCAUUGUGUAUUGCGCGAGAGCCGCGUCCAUCGCUUGGAAACGUGAAACGCGCGCUCGGCGCUCACUCCGCUCGCAGCACCUGCCGCGGCAACCGGCUACAGUCCGCGUCCUCUGCUCUUCUUUGUCUAUUCUUUGUGUGUGUCGCGCGCGUGUUGACAUUUUUUACACUUCGGAGAGUUGCCUGAUCACUGAUGCCGCCGCUCCCGCUGCUUUGGGGCUGAUAUGCUGGAGAGCCGCUCCGCGAUUUACAAGAUGAUCAACAGCGACGUGAGCAGCGACAGGACGAUCCGAAAGUGGCCGGCGCCGUACUCGGAAGAAAAGACGGCCUACCACGAGCGGGACUUCAGCCCGGUGGUGCGCAGGGUCUGCGCUGCGCAACCGCUGCUUCCGCGCAUUUCGAAAGUCAUUGUGCUCGGCGACGUUGCGGUCGGCAAGACUUCCCUGGUCAAUCGCUUCUGUCACAAGUCCUUCGACAACAACUACAAGGCGACGAUCGGCGUGGAUUUCGAGGUCGAGCGAUUCGACGUACUCGGAGUUCCUUUCAACCUGCAAAUUUGGGACACGGCGGGACAGGAGAGAUUCAAGUGCAUCGCCGCCUCGUACUACAGGGGAGCGAACGUGAUAAUGAUAGUCUUCGACCUGGGCAGCCUGAUGUCGCUGCACCACUGCGCCCAGUGGCUCACCGAGGCGAACCGCAGCAACACCGGACCUUACCACAUCUUCCUCGUCGGCACCAAGCGGGACCUGCUCUCGAACCAGGUGUACGAGAUCGUGGAGAAGAAGGCGCUGGAGAUAUCGCGCCGCAUGAGGGCCGAGCUGUGGGCCGUUUCCGCCAGGACAGGCGACGGGGUCUCGGAGCUCUUUGCCAGAGUCGCGGCGCUCGCCUUCAACGCCAGUGUCCUCAGAGAGGUGCAGAGCGCCCGACUCGAGCCGAUAGCCCUCGGCACCGACUUGAUAAGACUCAACCGGGAAACGAAGAAAGUGCGGAUGAAGGACCGAAGAAUACCCAAGUGCUCGAAUUGCCAGAACUGAGCCCGAGUCUCUUCUUUCAUAUGCGUAUACCUACCGACGACAACGAGUUACGAGACGUGCAAAUUGCAAUGCGCAGAUGGAGAGUUCAGCGACAAUAAGCAGCUUGCAGGGCUUGUUCUUUUUCACGAUUAUUUCUAUAAUGUAUAUAAAGUAUUGUAAAUUAUAUAAGGCAUGCGAUAACGCAGUAUUAUAAUUGUAGAAUAGUAGGCUCGAGAAAAUUGAAGGACAUUUUUAUAUUAGUA